UGUCUAACGCCGUCGCUAAUUUAGAGAAGAGAAGAAGAAGAAGAAAAAAGGUUUCAAAGUGUCUGCAUUCAGAGCUGGACAGAUAUGGACCCGUCUCCACAGGUCGAAGUCGGGCCUCAAAGUGCCGUGCGGAUUUCAUCACUUGUUGUGCUGAAUUUCAUUUGGUGGAUGGUUAUGAUCGCGGCCAUUGGUUUGGGGGCUACACAUCUGGGCCGUUGUCCAGUGCAGCCCAACAUCCCCAUUUACCUGAUAGUGCUGGGAACAGUCCACCUCCUAUCUCUGUCUCUGACCUACUGCCAGACCAGCUGGGGGGACGGCAUGGCCUGCAUCAUAUGCUCGGUCUGCACGGCCAUCCUACACCUCUUCAGUUUCGGCUGGUUCUUUGCAGGCACUACCUGGGUUUAUCCUGUUUACCCUCCCGACUACACACUCGGAGCAUCUCGAUACUGCGACAAGACAACCUACCAGUUUGCCUUCGUUGUCACCACCCUGGUGUGGGUCGCUACAGCCUUCAUGUUCGUCUGCAGUUGUUGCUUCGGUCUGGUGACCUGCUGUAAGAAUUUAAUUUCAGGUAACAGACUGAUACCCAACCGCUAUACUUUCUAUGGUGCCAUUGAUUCUCAUGAACCCGCUGGUGGUGAUGUGUGAUAUCACAUUUUUGUUUAUGUUUUCAAAUGUCUAAAGAAUUGAUUAGCUCUGCAAUCUUCCUGCUAAAGCUUGAGGAAAGCUGCCUUACUUCGCUUGAGACUUAAGUAAUAUUUGUGCAACAUUUCAAGGGUUGGUUUUUAUUGCACACAAGGAGCCUGAAUAUGCUCUGUCCAGCUUAAUUCAACAUUAGUCAUUAUCCACAUGGUGUGUAGUUAAAUUUAGGAACAGCACUGUCUCACCACAUACUUCCUGUUGACACCAACAGGGAGCAGUUAAUAUUUGAGUCGAUAGAAGAUAAAUUGUUAGAUAAUCUAGUGGCAGCUAAUAUUGAUUCAGCAUUGAGAUAGAGAAUAAAUUGUUAUUGGUACAGUGUUUUUAUAUUCUCCUCAUAUGUGUGUUAGUUUUUUCUGCAGUGGAAUAACUUGCCUUGAUUGCACCACUUAAGGUUGUAUUACUACAAGUGAACAUACUGUGCAGUAUAAUCAAUAAAAGUUUGAUAUGUUGUUUGCAUGAUUUAACUGUGUGAAAAAUUAUAUUCCACACAACUGAUGUUUUUAAUGAAUCCUGGGUACUAUUGAGAACCCAAGG